ACGACAGUGUGCUGCCAGCGUCCGCCUGGCUGCCCGGCAUCGCCACCAUGAGUGACAGUCGAAGGGAAGCCCUGGUGGCGGCGGCCCCCGCCCCCACCGUCGCCUCCUCCUCCACGGCCGGCUCCAACACCACCAACAUGGCCGGCCCCGGCACGGGUGAGAAGGACGAAGCCUUUUCCAAACUGAAGAACAAGUUUAUGAACGAGCUAAACAAAAUCCCAUUGCCAUCAUGGGCCAUCGUCUCGAUUGCCUUCGUGGCCAUCAUCCUGGUGCUGGCCUGCUGCUUCUGCGUCUGCAAAAAGUGGAUAUUCAAGAAGAAAAACAAAAAGAAGGGCAAAGACAAGGGCAAAAAUGCCAUCAACAUGAAGGACGUCAUGGACGGAGCCAAAACCGAGGCCUUGAAGGAUGAGGAGGAUGCGGAGACAGGGCUGACUGAAACGGAGAAAGAGGCCGAGCCCAAGGAGGACCAGAAACUGGGCAAAUUACAAUACUCCCUGGAUUACAAUUUCACAGAGAAUACGCUCAUAGUGGGGAUCAUCCAGGCCGCCGAGCUGCCGGCCAUGGACAUGGGCGGCACGUCCGACCCCUACGUCAAGGUCUACCUGCUGCCCGACAAGAAGAAGAAGUUUGAGACCAAAGUCCACAGGAAGACGCUCAACCCGGUCUUCAACGAGCAGUUCACCUUCAAGGUCCCGUACGUGGAGCUGGGCGGAAAGACGCUGGUGAUGACGGUGUACGACUUCGACCGCUUCUCCAAGCACGACGCCAUCGGCGACAUCAAGGUGCCCAUGAACAAGGUGGACUUCAGCCACAUAACGGAGGAGUGGCGGGACCUGCAGAGCGCCGAGAAGGAGGAGCAAGAGAAGCUGGGCGAUAUCUGCUUCUCCCUGCGGUACGUUCCCACCGCCGGCAAGCUGACCGUGGUCAUCCUGGAGGCCAAGAACCUGAAGAAGAUGGACGUGGGAGGCUUGUCAGAUCCGUACGUGAAGAUCCACCUGAUGCAAAACGGCAAGAGGCUGAAGAAGAAGAAGACGACAAUCAAGAAGAACACCCUCAACCCUUACUACAACGAGUCCUUUAGCUUUGAAGUCCCCUUUGAGCAAAUCCAGAAAGUGCAGGUUGUUAUAACUGUUCUGGACUAUGACAAGAUCGGCAAGAACGAUGCGAUCGGGAAGGUCUUUGUGGGCCUGAACAGCUCGGGAACGGAGCUGCGCCACUGGUCCGACAUGCUGGCCAACCCGCGGAGACCCAUCGCCCAGUGGCACGUGCUGAAGCCCGAGGAGGAGGUGGACGCUCAGCUCUCCACCAAGAAAUAGGCAGGGCUCCUUUCAGUCCCUGCCUUGUAGUACUCUUUAGCCAGUAUGUGUAAAUACCUCAGUGAUAUAUGGGUCCAUCCAUGUAACCCCCCUCCUCUCACCCCACCCCUACCCUUCAACUCUUCACCUCUCAGCUUUACCCUCCCUGAGUUCUCACACAGCCCCGAUUGUUCAAGCGUCUCCAGACAUCCUGCUUUUAUUUUUUGGGUUGUUUUUCAUUUUUCUUUUUCUAUCAGGUUCUUGCUUUUCUUCUCUCUGUUCUCAGCAGUUGUUGGUUUCCGAGCCGAGCCCUUAAACCGCCCCGACCAAAUGCCCCCUUCUUUUAAGCAAUAUGAUCUGUAUAGAUAGCGCAUGACUGAAAGAAUUUAUUGUACCACAGUUGUAUAUAUAAGUAUGCAGACAAAAAUGAUUUCUAGUUUAUGUGUUUGUAUGUUGUUACCCGUUUCCUAAUCUGUGUAUAUCUCGAUGUUUUUAAUAAGAUGUUCUAUUUUAAAUUAUGUAAAUGCAGAUAUAGAGGAAAGCCAAUAUUAUAUAUCCCAGGAUUUAAAAAUUCUACCUUAUUACCUUAUUGCAUUCCAGAAAAAGAAAAAAAUAAUAAUUACAACCUGCAAGACAAUAGAGAAAAUAUAUUCACAGUGUAAAGGACGAUGUCUGGCUUUAAGUUCAGCAAAGGACCGAAUAUAUUCACACAAAAGACUCCAAAAUACAAGGCCAUUAACUACUAUGGUUCUGUGGGAAAAUUAUGCUGCUGGAAAUUCUACAAGCACAUGAUUUCUUACGACUUUUUCUACUUAUUUGUCAAAGGGACAACCUAUGCGUUUAGCUUGAUGCACACAGUUUCUCAGAUCAAUCGAUCACCGCGAAACCGAGUUCGCCUUUCAUUUCUUCAUAUCUGGCAGAUUCCUGUGAGUGAAAGAGGUCCUCGUAGUAAAAGGCUCACUUCUAGAUACCAAAAUGGAAAAGUUUAGCCUCCUAUAGAAGAAAAUUAAAAAGGAAAAAAAAAAAAAAAACCAGACCCCCACGUGAUUAAAAAAGCACCAAGCUGUAGCCAUCGUGUCCUUAAACUCGACGUUUUGUUAACUGCUUACUUUGAACAGCCUCGUCGUUGUUGGGAGUUUGUCGCAUUCAGGCCAGGGUCCGAUCCUUCAGAGGGAGUUUUAAACGAAAAAAAAAACU